AUGCUUGAAACCCAGUUACAGCAAAAAUUGUUAAUCGAUACUACUACUGUGAUGACACCAUCCAAUGAUAAUCAAAAUCAAGAAGAAGAAGAAGAAGAGGAAAUAAAUCCAAAAUCACCAUUAGAAUAUCAUUGGUCAUUUUGGUAUAUUAAACCGGAUAAACGUACAAAUUGGGAAGAUUCUUUAAUACGAAUAAUGGAUGUUAAACAUGUUGAAGAUUUUUGGGCAACCUAUAAUCAUUUGCAAAUUCCAUCAAAAUUAGCUAAAGAUAAAUCAAACUGUGAUUAUUAUUUUUUCAAAACAGGUAUUCGUCCAAUGUGGGAAGAUCCAAAAAAUUCAUCUGGUGGUCGUUGGUUAUUAAUAUUAGGUCGUGAUGAAUCGAGACUAGAUGAAAUAUGGUUAGAAACAUUAUUGAGUUUAAUUGGUGAUUUAUUUUCAUAUGAAUCGGAUUCAAUCCCAUUAUCAUCAAUGAUAACCGGUGCUGUUGUAAAUAUUCGUUCUCGUGGACACAAAAUAGCUUUAUGGACAUCAGAAGCUCGUAAUGAAAUGAUUGUUAGAGAAAUUGGUAGACGAUGGAAAAAAAUGAUAAAAUUGCAUCCACAAAGCAGACUACAAUUUGAUUUACAUAAUGAAGGUGGUGGACCACAUCAACGACCAAUGUAUGAAGAGUGA